AAAGCCACAAAGAGAGCCACACUGGAGCAGUCACAGUAGGAGAGUGACAGAGCGCAGCUACACUGCUGUAUAUCCGACUACAGGAGCCCCCCCAAGUCUGCAGCAUCCCAGAACCAAGCUUUGGGAAAUGGGCCGGAUCUGUGUCUUUGUACUGAUCACAUUGGUGGUCUACCGGGAUGGCUGCUCAGGGAAUCGGGCCAGUGCUAGAAUGGAAGAUCACUCAGAGUUCGAUUAUCCAGAGAGUGAAUUGCCGGUGAAGAGGAACCCCUACCCCCUGGUGAGAAGCGCUGAAAGCCAGAACUGGGCAGAUCACCCCAACAUCUGCUAUUUCAUACAUGAGAGUCAGUCAGAGGGUCAGAUCUCCUGCCGGCUGCGCUUUACUCGAAGUAAGUUUAACUUUAACCCCUUUGGACUGCGCUUCGGCAAGCGAGAUCACAGUGGCGUUGUCGCAAAGAGAUUCCCCGAAACCUCCAGCGGCCAUUUUCUACAUGACCUUCUGAAACUGAACGACAAACAGACUCCACCAUGUGGACUGGCCUCUGCCGAGCGAUGCUAGCUGGGAUUUUAUAUUUGUGUAUUUAUUAUUAUGUCUGCUGACAUUUUAUAUCCCUUUUCCUGUUCUGAGUCUCAUUUUCUGUACAGGUCAGUCUUGUUUGGGGGGACAGAAUCUUAAUGCACUAUGCUCAUGUUGUCUGCAGCAGUAAUACAGUUAUAUAUUUCUGUCUGAAAUUAUGUUUUUGUUGUGUUUUUAAUAAAAGUGUUUGCAAGUGUC